AUGUCGUUAGAAUGGGAGGGUUGGUGGGGAUGCGGCCUUACGUUUAGCUCAGCGGACUUCUUGUCUGCUACGCAUAGUAGAUGCACCCGUCCUCGGGAUAAGGAUAAAACAAUAAAAAUCAACGAAGGAAAUCCUGUGCCGACUACUACCUUUUCUCUAGAAUCGAUGACCACUUCCACCGGAAGCUCGGAUGACGAUUCUCCGGCUACUCCAGAACCCUCCCCUCUUUCAUCAACGUUCUCCAUCGAGGACUGUGUUUACAGAGGCGAAGGGAAUGCUAAUAUCGUUGUUGCUCUACCACGAGAGCACAAAGUAAUUCGAUUCCGGAAGUCGCUGCCGGACGGUGUUUCACCGGAUGGCGGCAAACAACGAGCUGAACGAGAAGUGGAAUUCGUGAGGUUUGUGGCUUCCUGUUUUUUGGGUCCGUACACACAAAUCCCCGAGGUCCUCCGUUACGAUGCAAGAGACAUUGCUAAACUUUCAGAAGCCAUUCGCCCUCUUCGAUCAGACAAACGCCGCAAUAAGGAAAUCAUGGAAACAUAUGCAACAAAAUUUCCGGACUACACGUUCCUUCGAACAAAAUUCGAUAACAAUCCUUUUCGGACUAAUGAAACAUUCUGUGUUGAAAUUAAACCAAAACAAGGUUACCUGCGAGAUAUCGAUCGAAAAUUUCAAAAAUGUCCGUACUGUUUGACACAGUACUACAAGCUAAAGAAGAAGAUGAUUACAUCUCGCAGUACUUACUGUCCAUUUGAUCUCUUUUCGGGAGUGGAAACACGCAUGAAAUCGGCAUUGAAAGGACUACUAAAAUCACCGCAAAACAAUCUCAAGAUCUUUAAGAAUGGCACUAUAGUUUACGAUCAAGAAUCAUCUUCGAGUGACCUUGAAUGCGUCUUGACAAACUGGUUCCAUAAUUCUGUUAAUUCCACGAACAAAGAGUAUGUUGAUAAGUUCUGUAAUUUAAUUUGUACUGCUCUUUUACAUCCGUUUAUCUCGGAAGAAUUUAAAUAUAACACACUUCCUGCCAAUGAAUUAUACACAUCCGUUGAACCAGAUUUGAAAACAACCCCGUAUAUUAAUCCAGAUCUAAUUGCAAAAGCUAAGAAAUUGCUAUAUUUUGUUGGUGAGGCGUGCAAUAUAAAGGGCGAAGUAUUACCAAAUAAUUCAGUGCUAGAACGAAUUCUUCGCAUGCAGAGGCUACCCUUUAUUAGUUCAGAGUACGUUUAUAAUACGUAUUCAAAGUUUCGUUCAUUACUAACUGAUGAUAUUAUAUAUUUUAAUUUAAUAAACAUACUCAAACUUAAUGAUCAACGGUUAUCUUAUUUUAAACAAAAAAAAAUUAUUACAGAAGAUUCUGAAACGUUAAGAGAGGCUUAUAUACAAAGUAGUGCCAAAGAUACUUCAACUUCAAGAAAAUCGAAGUUUAAUGACGAUUAUGAUGACAACAAACAUAUUAACGGACCUAAUGAAAAUGUUCUUCUUUUACCAAAAUCAGUUCUCAUUCCAAUGCAUAAUGAAAAAAAUACCACAUGGUACAAUAAAUUUAACGCAAUACAUAACGGAGAAAAAAUACGUUGUAACAAAAAAGGAACAUAUUUUUAUGUAAAUGCCGAAAGUAUAUUAUGCUUACAGAAUUAUCUUUUGUUUUCGUGUGCUAGAGAUUGUUCGAUAUUAAUGUCCUUUCAAGAAAUAAAUCCGAAUUCAAUGUUGUCUGCCCUUGACAAAAACGUAAUACAACUGUCGGAUGGACUCAGCUUUGUUUGUAAUAUAGGAAUUUCAGAUAUAGAUCCGAAAAGUUUAUAUUGCAUUGAGAAACAUCGCCAACGGGAUAUCGAUAUUUUAAAUUCAGUAAUAUCUUUACUCGAAGAAGAACUUGUGAUUAAAAAUCAAUCGUCAUUUGAAAAAUGA